AAUUCGGUCGAUUUUCCGUAUUGCUGUCAAAAAUGAAUGUUAUUUUGGCAAUAAAACAGUAUAUUAGUAAAAUGAUUGAAGAAAGUGGACCUGGUAUGAAGGUUCUGCUGAUGGACAAAGAAACGACAAGUAUUGUGAGCAUGGUGUAUGCACAGUCAGAAAUUUUGCAAAAAGAAGUUUAUUUGUUUGAGAGGAUAGACUCAACAGGUCGGGAGACGAUGAAACAUUUAAAGUGCAUAACGUUUCUCCGACCCACAAAAGAAAAUGUAGAACUUCUGGCGCAAGAGCUUCGAAUGCCAAAAUAUGGAUUGUACUACAUCUAUUUUAGCAAUGUGAUCAGCAAACAAGAUGUCAAAGUCUUAGCAGAAGCAGAUGACCAAGAAGUAGUAAGGGAAGUUCAGGAAUUCUUUGGUGACUACAUAGCAGUGAAUCCCCAUUUAUUUACAUUAAACAUCCCAGGAUGUUGUCAAGCUUUGAACUGGUCUCCAGGAUCCUUAACAAGGACUGUUGAGGGGCUAACAUCAGUAUUACUGUCACUCAAAAAAUGUCCGAUGAUUCGCUAUCAAAACUCUUCAGAAAUGGCGAGGAGACUUGCAGAAAAUGUCAGGAAUACUAUAAACAGAGAGGCAGCACUCUUUGAGUUCCGUAAAACAGAUGUAGCGCCGGUACUGGUGAUUUUAGACAGAAGAGAUGAUGCUGUCACACCACUUCUAAAUCAGUGGACUUACCAGGCCAUGGUUCAUGAAUUAUUAGGAAUAAACAAUAACCGCAUUAACCUAUCAGAUGUGCCGGGAAUCUCCAAAGAUCUGAAGGAGGUGGUGCUGUCAGCGGAACAUGAUGAAUUUUAUGCCAAUAAUAUGUACAAUAACUUUGGAGAGAUAGGAACAAACAUUAAAGAUCUAAUGGAGGAAUUUCAGAAAAAAUCACAGAGUACAGCAAAAGUGGAAUCCAUUGCUGACAUGAAAGCUUUCAUAGAGAAUUACCCCCAGUUUAAGAAGAUGUCAGGCACUGUUGCAAAGCAUGUCGCCGUAGUCGGGGAAUUAUCUCGGCUAGUCACUAAACACCAUUUAAUGGAGGCCUCAGAACUAGAGCAGGAAUUGGCUUGUCAAGGGGACCAUUCAGCAUGUUUGCAGAGGAUAAAAUCUCUGUUGUCUAGUGACAAGCUACAACCAUUAGAUAUGCUGCGUCUGGUGAUGUUGUAUGCCCUACGUUAUGAAAGUCACAGUAAUAACGACAUAUCAGGACUGUUGGAUGUUCUACGCAAAAAAGGAGUCAGCGACAAACUCAGAAAUUUAGUCCCUGCCGUUUUAGAGUAUGGAGGUCGUAAAGCCAGGGGGAGUGACUUGUUUGGUAAUCAAGAUGCAGUAGCUAUGACAAAGAGAUUUUUCAAGGGGUUGAAGGGAGUUGAAAAUAUAUACACCCAACAUAAACCAUUUAUGUAUAAUGUGUUGGAUCAGCUGAUCAAAGGAAAGUUGAAGGAAGGAAGUUUUCCAUACCUGGGCACAAGUGUUCUCAAAGAAAGACCUCAGGAUAUUAUUGUGUUCAUGAUUGGAGGAGCCACUUAUGAGGAAGCUAUGGCUGUUCACACUCUUAAUAGAUCCACCCCUGGUGUGAGAGUAGUGCUAGGAUCCACCUCAAUUCUUAAUUUUAAAAGUUUUUUGGAUGAAGUCAUGCAGGCUGUAAGAGGCCAGCCUUCCAAUCGUUUAGGAACGAGAUGAUGGAAUCAAAACCAAGUUUAAUCUGUCUGUGAUUUAACAUAUGUGCUUAAUUUUGUCACAAACCAUUACAGAAACCAAGAAUGUACAUGGUAAUUGUUACUUUUCUCUUAUUCAAGGAAUCUAUUGGAUAGUCUUGAAGAAAUAAAAACAAAUACUGUGUGAUUGAAAAAGAGGCAUUCCAAUAUUUACUAUGUUGAAAAACAUUGUUCAUGUAAUUCUAUCAAGUUGUUUAAUUAAAAAUAGCUUUAAAAGAUGUGCACUUAGUGAUAAGAGUCUACUGACUGAACUUGACUGUUUUACACUGAUCAAAUUGUAUGGAUUCUUUUUUAAACAUUUAACUACAUGCCAAAGUAUUUUUAGUCAUCGAAAGGUCACAGUCAUACUGUAGAAUUUAUGAAUGCUAGGAACUAAUAGACUAACUGUUCAACAUUUGACAGAAAUCAGAUUAAUUUGCACUAAACAUGUUGAUGAUCAACAAUUGUCAAUCUUUUUGAAAUUGGGACAACAUAUUUUUUUUUCUAUAACUAAGUGUUUAAAAAUAUGAAGAUAAGUUCUUGUGAAUUUAGGUUUAAAAACACUGAACUAUAAAUUGUAAGUGCAAUAUUUGUGCACAAAUAUUUACAAAACCUAUUUUUUAAAAAUAGGCACCAGUACACUGUAUUUGAAAAUAAUUUUGAUACCAUCAAUGAACAUAUAUUGACUUUGACCCUUUAGGGCUUGUGCAAUAUGUAAAUUAGGAUUAGAAUGUACAUUUCAUAUCUUGUUCAACUUUUUUAAUUGAAUAAAUUAUAUGGAAAUUGA